AUGUUAAAUAAUUUAUUUGAGUCAUUAUGUGUUACAAGUGCUUUCGAAAUUAGGUCCAAUCUGUAUUUAUGUUCACCUCCAUUUAUUUAUAUCAAUGAUUAAAAAUACGAAUUCAAUGCUAAAACCAUUUACUUAUUAUAGGAUAACGUAAUAGUCAUUUUUACCAUUGAUAAUUGCAUCAAAUUUGUUAAUUAAGACUUAGAAUUACUAUCUUCUUAUACACUUCCAUAAAUACCAUUAGCUAUCUACCCUUACAAAGAUUUCAUUGUACUUGAUUAUCAAUAUGAAUAUCAAAUUUGUAAAAUAGAUGAGAUUGAUAAUUUAAUCAAGAAAAAUAAAAUUGUCAGUUUUGCACCAAAUCCAACCAAUCAAUUAACUUAUGUGAUUAAAUAAAAAUUAAUGGAAUGUAAUGUUGUUUACUCUCAUAAAUUUAUGGAUAUUGAAAUGGGAGUUGAAUAAAUUUAUUCCAUUUCCAAAACAUAACCUCUCUUUCUCUAUCAAAGUAUAGUUUUUCCAUAAUUAACAAUUAUUGAUUUAAAUAAAUGCGAAGAAUUAUACCACAUUGAAUUUGGAUCAUAGAUUGAAUAGAUAUUUUUAUAUCAAAAUAGUUUUUUAUUGUAAAGCGAAAAUAAAUUGUAUUAGAUUUAAAAUCAAGAAGUUAUUGAAUUUAACUUAAAUUUUCAAUUUAGAGUUAGUUGUGUAGUAGAAUUCAAUAAUUAAACAUUUUUCGGUUCCAUUAAUGAUAAUUCAAUUCUUGUUAAAGACAAUUAGAUUAUUAAAGAGUUUUAUAAUUUGGGUCAAAUAGUUGAUAUUCAUCCUUGCAAUUAAAUUUGUUUCAUUGCUAGUUAUAAUAAGAAAUAUCCUGUUAGUUUAUUUAGAAAAGGAAUCAAUGAAAAUGUUUUAGAAAGAUAUAAAUUAACUAAUGAAAUGAGACCAAGAAAGAUUUUUUUCAUAAAUUCCUCAUUGAUUAUGUUAACCUUCUCUACAUCAUCUGAAAUUUAUACUAUUCCUUAAUUUAUUAUUGCUGAUAUUAAAGUAAUUAAAAAUUAGAAAACAUUAUUAAUUCAUCAACUUUCCAGUAUGGUUUUAGUAUAAAUUACUGUAAAUAAAAUAAUUUAUUUGUAAUCAUUUGAAAAUGUUAUUUAUUAAGAAGAAUUUAUUGAAAAAAUAAAAGAUUGUAGGAUAGAUUUAGCUAAUAAUGCUUUAUAUCUUUACUUUUCCAAUAAUGAAUUAAGAUUAUACACAAUUAAUAAUUCCAAUAUUAGUUUUUAAUCUUCAUAAAUCAUUAAUCAUUUAAGUGCAUUCUAAAUUAUUAAUAAGAAACUCCAUUAUAGUGUUUGGUUUUAAUUUGAAUUAAAUAAUUUUAAUGAUAAAUAAAAUUAUGUAAUCAAUAACAUUAGUAGUACUAUUGUGUCUAUUGAAUAAACUUAGAAUUUCAUUUUAUUAGGUCUUGUUGAUGGUAAUUUGGUUUCUUUGGUUUCUGAUACAUAUAGAUUUCACAAAAUAUUUUAAAUUAGUAAUACUCAUCCUAUAAAAUUGAUGAAAUUUAAUAAUAGAGUAAUAAUCUUUUCGCAUCAUAUUUACAUGAUUGAUAAUCAACUCUAAUAGAUUAUAGUCAAUUGGGAUCACUUGUAUGAUAUAAGCUUUUAAAAUGAUAAACUUAUAGGUAUAGUUUAAAAUGAGAUUUAAAUUGUUACUUUGAGUUAAGGAUCAAGUUCAUAAUGUAGAGAAUUAAAAUUUAUUAAAAAUUUAGAAAUUAAGAGUUUGAGAUUUUUUAAAGAUCAUUUAAUUGUUUUAACAACUUAAAAUUUAUUAUUAAGUUAUUUUGAUGAUUAAUUAAAAACCUAAUCUCAAUAAAAGUUUUAAAUAGAAAAAAUGGAAUAAUAUAAUAAUAUUUAUUUAGUAGGAUUCACAGAAUCUUAAUAAGGAAAAAUAAAUAUAUUAAAUGAAUAAUUAUAAUUGGUUUAUAAUUAUACUUUUUCUGAACCAAUAUAUGAUUUAAAAUUAUCUUAAAAAAUUAUAUACUUUGCAACAGAAACUGCUAUUCAUACAAAUGAUGGAUAAUUUGUACAUAAUUUCAAUAUUCCAAUAAAAGGAUUUGAUAUAAAAGAUAAAUAUUUUUUAAUAUAUGAGAAUUUUAAAGUAUAAGUUUAAUAUAUUACAUUAAGGGAGCCCAUCUAUUUUAUUAUGAUGAAAAAAUGAUAGCUUUAGGAAGUUUGAAUUAUCCAUGUUAAUAUGCUUCAUUUUAUUAUGAAGACAUUAUUUGUUUCUCAGAGAAUGAUGUAAAAAUAGCAAAAUUGAAUUUGCUUACCUUUACAAUAAGUGAAUAAAUGGAAAUAGCAGUAUCUAAUCCUAUUGAAGUUACAUGUGUAAAGGAUAAAUAUUAUGGGACUCUAUAUGGUGUAUUAGGAUAUUAUGAAUGA